AUGCUGACAAAAAGAAUUUCGGUUUUUAUUUCCGAGGUUCUGAUCUUGUGCUUUUCGAACUCUUACAAUCACCCGAUUUUACGACCAGAGUAUUCUGAUGAUUUUGCAAGAAAUGUGAUGUGGCCAUUAGCAGCUGGAGCCUACAUCGAUCAUCAACAAGAAUGCAUCACAAGUGCCACCGGUGAUGGAAAACUGAAAAGAAAGCUCGAAUAUGACUGUGAUAUUUUGGAUGAGAAAUGCUCUGCAUACACUGCCUCAUCCGAGUCAAAGAAAGCUGUCAUAGUGGCAUGGAGAGGCUCGCAAAUCAAUGGCGAGGUGCCAAUGGAAGUGCUCGACAUUCUCUUCGGAAAGCAGCGUGUCUUUCCUGGUGGCGCUAAAGUAGCCGACUUCUUCUACGAUGCUUUCUUGAAUCUGUGGAACACUGGGAUCAAGGAUGACUUUUUCACUUUAAGACAACAAUACCCUGACUACGAAGUUUGGGUGACUGGGCAUUCUCUUGGAGCAGCAAUGGCUGGUCUUUGUGCUGCAUAUUUAGUCGAGCUGGGAUUAGUGCCAGCGAAUCAGAUUAAAUUGAUGACUUUCGGAGAGCCAAGAACUGGUGACUCUACCUAUGCUGCUCUGCUUGAUUCGCUCCCAUAUUCUUACCGAGUCGUUCACAAUCACGAUCCCGUUCCCCAUGUUCCAUUCGGCAUCGAGAAUUACAAACAUCAUAGGACUGAGAUCUACUAUUCAAACACUAUGGCUAAAGGAAAACCAUUCACGGUUUGUGUUGGAGAUGAGAGCCAUAAAUGCUCUGAAGGAGUGCCUGUUCUCCUCACAAAUGUUUUGGAUCAUCUUGAUUAUUACGGUGAAGAUGUUGUUGGAUAUUUUGAGAGAGGAUGCAAAUACUCGAAA